CAUUCUCCCCUCCCCCGCCAAUUCGUAAGCCGGCCGCGUGUGGUAAAACUCGAAACACGUGUUUUCGAAAAGAAAUUGCUUGAAUCCAUUGAUUCUACGUGUUAUUCUGAUUUUAUUGUCUGAAUCAUCGUUCCUGUGAGUUAAUUCCCAGUGAAAAAAGUUUGAUAAACAUGACUGAAGCUAAAGAAGUUGUUGCUGAGACUAAUGGAGAGGAGCAUAAGAAGGUUGAGGAGAAUGUGGAAGAAGAAACUGAGUUGGAAUCUGCAAUCAUUCGUCAAGUGGAGUACUAUUUCGGUGACUUGAACCUUCCCCGUGACAAGUUCCUCCAUGAGCAAGUGCAGCUAGACGAUGGCUGGGUACCGCUGGAAAUCCUCACCAGAUUCAACCGACUCGCCAAACUGACGAAGGACACUGAAAUCAUUGCAAAGGCUCUUGCCAAGUCUACGAGUGGACUUUUAGAGAUCUCAGACGACAACAAAAAAGUCAGACGCAGCCCUGAGGUACCGAUACCGGAGAUGAACGAGGAACGCAGGAAGGAACUCAGCAACCGGACUAUUUACGCUAAAGGAUUCCCAAAAGACUCUUCGUUGGAUGAACUUUUGAAACAUUUCAGACAGUUUGAAACAGUCGAGAAUAUUAUUAUGAGGAAAUACCAGGAUAGGUCCUCUAAGAAGAGGCUUUUCAAGGGAUCCAUUUUUGUUACCUUCAAGACCAGAGAACAGGCUGAAAAGUUCAUGGAAGGCAAACCUCACAGCUACCAAGACACAGAACUGUUGAUCCUCUGGCAGGACGACUAUAUUGUGAAGAAGCAAGAAGAGUAUGCCAGCAAGAAGGAACAGAAGGAUAAGAAGAAUAAGGAUAAGGAACAACAUGUUGAAAAGGAAGAACUGAAGCUUCCUACAGGGACGGUGCUGCACUUCAGCGAGGGUACUGCCCAGAUGAAGAGGGAGGAUAUCAAGGAAGCACUCUCUACUAUAGGUGCAGAUAUAGCUUACAUAGACUUUAAUAUUGGCGACAAGGAGGGAUGGGUGCGUCUCACGAAAGAGAACACAGCUAAGGGAAUCGCAGAGAAAAUGACUGACAACAAAAUGAAGAUCGCCGAAGCUGACGUAGUAUUCAAAGUUCUAGAGGGAGAGGAAGAGACCUUAUAUUUACAGAAAACGGUCGAAGAAAUGGCUAAGAGACGAAAAAAUAUGAAGAAUUUCAAAAGUAAUAAAGGCAGGAAAGGAGGUAACAAGUACCACGGCAAGAAAAGGCGACAUGACAACGAUGACAGUGGACCUCCAAAGAAAAUUAUGGCCUCCGAUAGUUAGUUAUAGAUGGCGCCACCGUGUAGGGACGACUCUAUGCUUGAACAUAGACUUUCAUGUUCGCUUCUAAGUAUAAUAUUAAAGAUAAUCUUUAAUACAAGUAUAAACUGUUUGUUGAUAAACCGGAACUGUGUUAAUCUAGAGUUUCAUUUGUUACGUCAAAUAUUUACUAUUAAAUUUUAUCUUAUAAGGA